AUGUCGGUGGACAAUGAAAUCAAGGGCCGACUUGCCCUCAUAACAGGAGCGUCUGGAGGUAUUGGCGCAGGCUGUGCGCGCGACCUCUACAAGUAUGGAGCUCACCUGGCUCUCACCUAUUCCAAGGGCAAAGCCAACAUCGAUAAGCUCGUGAGCGGACUUCAGACCAACUCAGAUCAGAAAGUGUCAAUACAUCAAGUGGACAUGGGAUCCACCGAAGAUAUUCAGAGACUGUACAAAGAGAUCGAAUCGGAACAUGGCCAUGGACCAGACAUCUUGAUAGCAAAUGCGGGCUACGGAGUGCGAAUACCCAACAUUGUUGAUAUAUCGAUUGAAGAGUGGGAUCAUACCAUCUUGAUCAACCUCCGAGCACCGUUUAUCCUUGCUAAGCUGGCUGUGCCUCAUAUGAUUGAGCAGAAGUGGGGACGGAUCAUCAUGAUGGGCAGUAUUGCGGGUUAUGGUGGAGGUAUCAACGGGUGUCAUUAUGCAGCAUCCAAGGCUGGAUUAAUGGGCAUGGUCAAGAACCUCGCCAACAAACUAGGCAAAGACGGAAUCACAGUCAACGAUGUUGCUCCAGCCAUGAUUGGAGAAACGGGCAUGAUUCCUGACGCCAAAUUCCUCGAGGGAACACCUGGAGAUGUUAAAAAUAUACCAGUGGGAAGACUGGGGACUCCACAGGAAUGUGCCAAUGUGGUGACCAUGUUGUGCAAGACGGGCUACUUGACUGGCCAGAGUAUCCUUCUGACUGGAGGAUUGAAAUAG